AACAAGGCACCACUCCCCCAUUUUUGGCUCUGCAUCCUCGAGGCAAACCCAGUUCCUUCCCUCCCUCUCUUUUCUCUUGCCCCGAGCGGGGAGCUGAGCUGGUGCGUGCGUGCGAGGGGAGGGAGGAAUCAGCCGGCAGCGGGUGGGUCGUCGGAGCGAUGCUGCUGCACGGGUUCUUCGACAAGCUGACGGGGAAGAACAAGGAGGCGUGGAAGGAGGGCCGGAUCCGGGGCACGGCGGUGCUGGUGAAGCAGGCCGUGCUUGACAUCGGCGACUUCACCGCCUCCGUCCUCGACGGCGUCCACAACAUCCUCGGGAAGGACGACGGCGUCUCCUUCCUCCUCGUCAGCGCCACCGCGCCUGACCCCAGCAAUGGGACGCGGGGGAAGCUGGGGAACCCGGCGCACCUGGAGGAGAUGGUGGUGACCAUGAAGUCCACGGCGGCGGGGGAGUCCGUCUUCAAGGUCACUUUCGACUGGGACGCCUCGCACGGCAUCCCCGGCGCCGUCGUCGUCAAGAACACCUACAAAUCCGAGUUCCUCCUCAAGACGCUCACCCUCGAAGGCGUCCCCGGCAAGCAGGACGGCACCGUCGUCUUCGUCGCCAACUCAUGGAUCUACCCCGGCGCAGACAGAGUCUUCUUCGCAAACGAUACCUACCUGCCCAGCAAAAUGCCUCCACUUUUGGUGCAAUACCGGCAAGAGGAACUCAAAAAUCUCCGAGGCGAUGACGAUACACUCAGAGAGUAUAAGGAGCAUGACCGUGUGUACCGCUAUGACUACUACAAUGACAUUGGCGACCCAGACAAGGGCGAGGAUUAUGCACGGCCGAUCCUUGGUGGCAGCCAAGAACUCCCAUACCCACGCCGUGGUAGAACUGGCCGACUCCCAGCAGAAAAAGACCCAAAGGCAGAGAGCAGAAUUCCUGUGUAUUUAGUGAAGAAGGCUCUGGAAAUCUACGUCCCACGCGAUGAGCGCUUUGGGCACCUCAAGUUGUCUGACUUCCUUGGGUACUCUCUCAAGGCCAUCACUGAAGCUAUUCUUCCGAUAAUAAGGACCUAUGUCGACACCACACCCAAGGAAUUUGACUCGUUUCAAGACAUCUAUAAUCUCUAUGAUGGUCUUUUGCAAGUGCCCGAUAGCCCUGCGCUAGCGGAUAUCAAAAAGAAAAUCCCCUUUCAGUUUAUUAAGAGUAUUUUACCAGUUGCUGGUGACGACUUUCUUAACUUGCCCCUUCCACAAGUUAUUAAAUCAGAUAAGUUUGCUUGGAGGACAGACGAGGAGUUUACGCGGGAGAUGCUUGCAGGAGUCAACCCAGUUUGCAUCAAACGUGUGACGGAGUUCCCUAUAAAAAGCUCCCUGGAUCACAGUGUAUAUGGGGACCACACAAGCACAAUUACUGAGGAUCAAAUUCGGCCUUACCUGGAAGAAGGCCUCACAGUGAAACAGGCAAUGGAGAGCAACAGGCUCUUCAUUCUAGAUCACCACGAUAACUUCAUGCCCUACCUUGAGCGCAUCAACAAGUUGGAGGGUAACUACAUCUACGCUUCCAGGACCCUGCUGUUCCUGAAGGCUGAUGGCACGCUGAAGCCAUUGGCCAUCGAGCUGAGUCUGCCACACCCUGACGGGUAUCAGCACGGAGCGGAGAGCACAGUGUACCCUCCGGUUCAGGACGGUGUUGAUGGCCAGAUCUGGCAGCUUGCCAAGGCUUACGCCUCCGUCAAUGACUCUGCUUGGCACCAGCUGGUCAGCCACUGGUUGAACACACACGCGGUAAUCGAGCCAUUCGUGAUUGCAACGAACCGGCAACUCAGCGUGGUGCAUCCGGUGCACAAACUUCUGAGCCCACACUACCGUGACACGAUGAACAUCAACGCCCUGGCGCGGACAACGCUCAUCAACGCUGGCGGUGUCUUUGAGCUGACUGUCUUCCCAGGGAAGUACGCGCUAGAGAUGUCUUCCGUCGUGUACAAGGACUGGAAACUCACCGAGCAGGGCCUCCCUGACGAUCUCGUCAAAAGGGGCAUGGCUGUGCGAGACCCGUCGAGCUCUUACGGCGUUCGUCUGCUGAUCAAGGACUACCCGUACGCCGUGGAUGGGCUGGUGAUCUGGUGGGCGAUUGAGCAGUGGGUGAAGGAGUACCUGGCUAUCUAUUACCCCAACGACGGCGAGCUCAGGGCUGACAAGGAGCUGGAGGGGUGGUGGAAAGAGGUGCGCGAGGACGGGCACGGUGACCUCAAGGACAAGGACUGGUGGCCCAAGAUGCAGACCGUUGAGGAGCUGGCCAAGACGUGCACCACCAUCAUCUGGGUGGCGUCGGCGCUGCACGCUGCAGUCAACUUUGGGCAGUACCCUUACGCGGGGUACCUCCCAAACCGGCCGACAGUGAGCCGGCGGAAGAUGCCGGUGAAGGACGAUAAGGAGUACAAGCAGCUGGAGGAGGGCGGGGAGGAGGCCGACAAGGUGUUCAUCCACACCAUCACCAGCCAGUUUCAGACCAUCCUCGGCAUCACCCUCAUCGAGAUCCUCUCCAAGCACGCCUCCGACGAGGUGUACCUCGGGCAGCGCGACACGCCGGAGUGGACGUCGGACGCUAAGGCGCUGGAGGCGUUCAAGAGGUUCGGCACCCGACUGAUCGAGAUCGAGAAGCGGAUCACGGCCAUGAACAAGGACCCGUCGCUCAAGAACCGGAACGGGCCUGUGAACAUGCCCUACACGCUUCUUUACCCCAACACUUCGGACCUCACCGGCGAGAAAGGCCUCGGGCUCACCGGCAUGGGCAUCCCCAACAGCGUCUCCAUCUGAGGUCUCCGUCGUGGCUUUGUGUCUCGUGCAGUGCAGAGUGUAUGUUUCGUUCAUUGUUUUUGCAAGGUAGUCGGGGUAAUUGUUUGUCAGGAUUAGUGGAUGAUGGGAGGUGAUGCCGCUGAUGGAGGGAGGAGAAUACGGUACUGAGGCAUCAGUAAGCAAUCAGCUGUACAUUUUUAUCUCCAGAAAUAAGAGUUAAUUGCAGUUUGCAUCA